AUGCCGCCAUCCACGGUCUUCUCGUACUGGCGAAGGGAACAUCGUCGACCGAGUUCCUCUCUUCCCACCUCGCCGCUCCCCGUACCGAGUGCGAACUUAUCGGACAACCCGCCGCAGCUCCCGGGGAUCCCACAAACCCCUAUACUCGCUGAUGCCAUCAUCGACUCGUCUGCCGUAUCUGACACCUAUUCCCCCGUUCCAUUGAGCGAGGAUCCACCGGGAUGGACCGCCAACAAACCGAUGGCAGGCGUUGCUAGCCCUGAUACACAGCAAUCUCCGGUCAACCUUCGAGUGCCAUCUCCUACACUGGAACGUCUCUCGCGGCCAAACUCGAGCCCAGAUGAGACGAAGAAGAAGCCUACAAUCACAACUCAAUCGAAUUUGUCCCAGCAAUCGGUGAUUCCCUCCCGUCAGGAGCACUCCGAAUCGGAAUCCUCGAAACCGAACUCACCGUGGCGGCUCACCUUUGGGAAAGGAUUUCUAAACCCCCAGUCGCAAUCGUCAGACGGCCAUAAAAGAUCUUCUAUGCAUGGUGGGAUUGUUGGGGAGAAACUGCGCUUAAAAUCGUCUCCGGAAGACUCACCGGGGGAAGCGGGGGCGCAAUCGAGGGAUUUCAAGGCCGACAACUUCGGGUCCCGGCGAUAUAGUGACAAUGAGCUACCUGUAGAGCAUGCUCCCCAGAAACAUGGGAAGACGAAGCUGCAUCUUCUGAACCCUAUGUCCCUGCUGGCGCGGAGGCGAUCCUCCCAGCUAGCCCACGCAAAACCGGACGAGCUCAAGAUAGUUCCCGCCAUCCCAGAUGAUUACGAUCCCCGAAUCCGCGGCAAAAUCGUGCAUGAUUUCUCAGCGCCCAGACAGCGGCGAAAUGUUUCCAUGGUUGCUGCUAGUUCCCAGGAUACCAGUCAGCAAAGCAGUGGUCUUUCUCCGUAUCAGACCACUGACUCUAACAGGAGGCACAGUCAGCAUUCUCCAGUCUUCAAGGAGCACUUUGAAGACGACCAAAAGGCACUUCAGAUUGAAAAUAAAGGUUAUCUCCAGUCAUCACUCUUAACGGGACCUCCGCCCAGCAGCCAUGACCCGGGCGCAGUCCCUGCGUUUGCAAAGAAUCUGCCGUCGCAGUUACCGGAACAUACGGAAGAAGCAGCUGAGCGCCCAGUCGAAGACUCAGAAUCGUCAAGUGGUUCUCACAGCCCUACGAAGCGUGCAUCACCAAAUCAGCAGCAAGGAGGAAAUACGGAGUCUCGAGCCACUGGCCUUCCAAGGCACCUCAGAAGUAAUGCAUCGCGAUUUAGCUUUGACAUGGUUGGAGUCGGUUCAUCUGUUCAGGAAAAGCUACUGGAAGAAAAGCACAAAGAAAAGGAGGCAGCACGAAGGGCCAAAGCAGACCUGGAACGGUCCGAGUACAGUGACGAUGAAGACGAGUUUGAUUAUGACCUUGAUGACGACAUUGAUGGACUGGAAGAGCGUAUUCCUGGUGUUAACGCUGAUUCUGAUCCUGAUGAGGAGGAAGAUGAGGAAUUCCGUGGCUUCUCUGGUCCGGGGAAGAUAGUGAAGAACACCUUCUUUGUGCCUUCCUUGCCUCCAGUGAUCGCGAGCCCCGUGAAUCCUGACGGCACCGGGCCGGAUGCUGUUUCCCAACCUCACGGUGAACAGGCAGAGCGGGCAAACUCCGUAUCCGAUUAUGGAGAUGCUGCAGGCGAUGAAAGGAAGCAAGAUCCCCAAAAUCAUGAAACUGUGGACAUGAGCAAUCCAGGGGAGAUAGUAGAGGUUCCCGGAGCGAGUAAGAUUGAGAAUCAACAGUCCGCGGAUGACUUCUAUUUCCACGACGAAGAGUUUGACGAUCUCACUGCGGACACUGGAGAAGAGCGGUUUGACGAGUCCAUCUUCGACGAUGAAACCAGUCAUCUAUACGACCGGAAAGUAUCCGCUCCGGCGUUGGGCGCCGUGCCUGAAGCGCAGAUCGCACCUAGUGAACCGUUACAAGACACCUCCCAAACGACGGAUGAAGAGCCCAUCAUGAACGGCAACCUGCGGCAUGUUCCCAGCUUGGCUAGUGAUUUUGGGUCUCGGCCCAUGCAGAGUAGCCUGCCGCAACGUAUUCCCAGCAUGACGUCCCCAACCUCACAUGUAGGAGUGCUCUCCGAGCACAACCUGGAGGUAUUCCAUAAUGCUCUAGCCAAGGCGGCCAGCGACGCAGCUCUUCAGCGAACCAGCAGCGUCAGUGAAGUGUCCCUGGGUCGAGAGAGCACGACUCGGUCGGUCGAGUCUCAUCCGGGGCUGGUGUCGGACGACAGUCGCUUGAGCCAGACCCAAACCGUGGAUACGAUGGCCUUUGACGACAUCUUCGACGACGAUGGAUUCAACUACGAUGAUGACGGAUUCGACGAUGACCCUAUUAUUGCAGAAGCCAAUGCGGAGGCUCUUCAGAAUGAUGACGAGGGCUUCUAUGGCCGAGAAUUCGGCUUUUACCCGCAGGCAUACGGGAAUGGAGCUUCAGAAAUGGUCAACGGCGGCUAUUUCCUACCGCGAGGCAUUGAGGGCGUCCACCGCAGCCACAGUGGACGGGUGAACUUCCGGGAACCCAGUCUGACUCCCAUCACGGAGCGCAGUGAAUGGAGCACGAGGAACUCGAUCAUCUCGCUGACCGCUCACGGGGCGGCGCAUUCGAACCCGUCCCUGUCGAGUCCCGGGUUGGCCCAACUGGUGGACAUGGGCGGCAUGGAUGACGAGAUGUCACUGAAUGCCUUGAUGAAACUUCGCCGCGGAGCAUUUGGAGGCAGCAAUGGCAGUCUUCGCAGCAGUGCCAGUCCCUCCCCGCAGCCGCAACAGCCUCCGUCGAACCGCGCCAGCUUCCAUAGUGCCUGCGUUGCGUUCAUGGAUCCCGCCAACACUCUGGUCGAUUCUCCCGGUGCCAUGAACCCCAUCUCUCCGCUGCCCUUCUCGGACGAAGAAGGGUCCCCAACGAGCCCCACGUUGACGAGCAGCUUCUAUCAGAAGCUCCCCAAGCCGGUGGUGGCAGAGGGGGAAGUGCGGUCGCCGACGACGAACAACCGACCGCGCCCGUCGCACAGUCGCAACAGCAGCUCGGCCAGCGUCAGCUACAUCAAGGAGACCGACGAGGAUGGCUCAAGCAAGUGGGUGCUGGAGCGACGGCGGCCGAGUGACAGUGGCGAGAUGGAGGUCUAUCAACGGGAGGUGCUCGAGGAAGGUCGCAUCUGA